AUCAAGGACACUGAAAUGGAAAUACCAGGAAUGCCAGCAGUGAAUCUUAAGCAGACCCUGGAAUGGCUCAGGAAGGAGCUGACUGAGAUGCAGAUCCAAGAUCAGCAGCUGCUGCUCGCCCUGAGGCACCUGCAGAGCCUCCUGGAGGAGCUUCGGGCUGAAAGCACCCACUGGGAGAAUACAAGGCCCAGCAGAAGCACAUCACCUUUCCGAGCUAGACUGGGCUCAGACAGCAGGGGCUGCCAGCCUGUGUCGAGAGGAUUGUCCCAGCUGCUCCUAGGGGAAGAGAGCAGGAGAAGCUCCCUUCCUUAA